AUGGCAGACGAUUUUAAUUCAGACGCAUCCACGGCGCAUAUACCUGAUGUCUCGGUACUGACUCCUCCCUCAUCCCAGCCCAAGAAGCUGACUAUAAGGCGGCCCUGCAACGCCAACAAACUGUCCCCUUUACCUGUCCAAUUCAACUGGAGCGGCGACAAAAACGCGAAGACAUGGAGUUUAAUUGACCUCAUGGAGAAGCCUGAGAAUUUCAAGGUUCUAUUUGGAACGAAAAAAGGCGAGAACAGUUCUGGCGACUCGAAAAGCGCUGUUUAUCAACGUAUUGCAUGGGAAAUAUGGCCACAGUACUGCGAGCUGAAUCUCAGAGGAACCUGGACGCGUGUACAGGGCAAAAUUACUACCCUCGUCAAAGAGUACAAGAAAGAAGCCAAGAAUUUGCGACAAACUGGGAAUGGAGUACAGGAAGGCAAGGACAAUGAGGAUAGAGAACUACGGUGGUAUAUUCCUUCAACUGGUCCUGACCAAAAUACACCACCUGAAGCUCGCAAUAUUUGGGAAGCUAUCGAGCAGAGGUUCCCGUUCUUUCCCUGUCUACAUCAAUUUCUUUCCACUCGCCCAAAUGUGAUCCCACCUGUUGUUACCACAGGAGUUACUCCCAGUGGACGGCAGACUGUUUUCCUUCAGCAACCAGCAGCUACAAUGUCCACCCCCAUCUUCCGCACUGUUAGCGACUCUCAAAUUGACCCACAAAUCCUUGCUGAGUCUGCUGCUGCUCGCACAAAUGUUCAACCAACCCAUACUAUCAUGCCUACCAGUUCCCCAUCUAACCCUGACACUUCAAGUAUGCAAGUCACUCCAACCCCAGCAAGCUGCAUCAACAGAGUACAGAAUGUUAUAGCGUCUGUUCCGAAACCACGUCAGAAGCGAACCCUUGAGGAUGUCUUGAUGGACAUUACUGAAAAAAAUGCUGCAGUAGCACUUCAACAUGCUGAGGCAGAACGGAAAGCAAAACGUCGCCGCGAAGACCAUGAGCGUCGUCGUCUUGGGCUGGAUGAGAAGAAUCAGGUACUGGCUAUGGUCAAGAUGGGUCUGUAUAACAUUGAGGAGGCUAAAAAAAAGAUCAAGAAGAUUAAUCAUCAGAUUCGGAAAGAAACUUCAGCUCCAUCUCCCCCAUCUUCACCAUCUAGAAUUUCUGAACCAUCCUCUCCAGUACAAGAGCGUGAAGGAAGUCUAACUCACUGGGAUAUUAUGGAUGAUGAAUUUGAAUUGCCCAUAGAAAUAGACUGA